CUGUCCUCCUGUCAGUCAUAGUCGAGAGUCUGAGUCUUUCUCUUUUAGUCAAUUUGCUCAUAAAUAAACCUGAUCGUGAAUUUUAAAUUAAAAUGCUUUAUACAAAAUAGGUUUCAAUUUAAUUUGCAAAUGUAAUGUUGCUGAGACAGUUCCGAUUGUUGUUUUAAGUAUAAGUUACGCACUUUUACCAAGUCGAAAAUCAGAGAUUUCCUCUCAGUGUUUAGGCAAGAUAUUAUUCUUCAACAAAAUAUAGGCUUUGCACCUCUACAUCGUUGUCAAAAGUUCUCAUAGACUUAAGAGAUAAGAUGUACGAGGUACCAGGUGCUGUUCCGGAUGAUUUCAUGGACACUGUGAUCAGAUACGGUCUUUACAUCGGGGCCGUGUUUCAGCUGGUGUGUAUCGCCGCAGUCAUCGUACUUCCUGAAAAGUAUGAUUCAUCAUCAAUGAAGGACGGGGAUAUGAGUGAAGAAGAUUUGUCCGAAGGUAGUCCUCAGGCUACGCCUCGACGACCUCACGCUCACCACAGACCUCGGAAACAGGAGAAAAAGAAACGGAGAUAAAGAUAACUAUCGUAAGGUUAUUUAACCAGAGAAACUUUUAUGUAAAUGAAUGUUACCUAUGAUAUGUAUGGUAGCCGCUGUUUAAAAUGUUGUAAACGUGCGUUUCAAGUGUCCAACAAUGAUUUAACAUUGUCUGAGCAGAUUUCAUGUUUAACAUGUAUAUGUACAAAAAGUGUGUUUUAGUGGCUGUAAGUUUGUAAAAUGAGAUUUAUUUAAAAAUAAAGUAUAACCUCGCAAAUCUAACCUCAGAUAGUAAGACUCCACACUUAAUCCGACCAUCGCAUGACCUAUCAGUUGCAAUGUUAUUGCAGUAGGCUAAUAUUGCGCACGGCCAACAUAUUUUUCUCCUUCGCAGUCUCAGGAAGAUUACCAUCGUCCAAAAUUGUCUUACACAAAUGUGGUAAAAAUCUUGUGGUUAUAUAAAACAUAAUCGUCUUCGGAAAUCACGGCAAAAUCUAGGACAUCUUCUGAUGAUACAUGAUCAUUGUCUACCAUAAUCACAGAAUAAUCCUAGACAAAUCCCGCAGUCAUGGAAAAAAUCAUCGUCUUCGGCAGGCACCAUUAUCACAUGCUGAAAACUAUCCUUGUCAUCUGUGAUAACGGCAAACUCCUUAAUAUCUGCUGUGGUUUUGUAAACAUCAUCAUUGUCUCCCGUGUUGUGGUAAAAUAUUGAACGUCUCCUGUGGUCAUGGGAACAUUAUCAUCGUCUUUCACGGUUGUGAAACAUUUCUUAAUAUCUUUUGCGGUAACGGAUAAAUCAUCAUCGUCUUCCGCCGCAGAAGAAUAUUGAGUGUCUCUUGCAGUCCAGGAACGUUACCGUUACCAUCGUCUUCCACAAUCGUGGCAAAAUCCUGAACAGCUGCCCCUCAGGUAUCCACUGCUCUGCUUACUGUUCCAGUCCUGUAGGUGUCGGACUAGCGGGGUUGUACUUUAGGUUAUACUUUAGUCUUUUAAUACCUUAUAUGUUCCUUAAUUGUAUGUAAAAUGUAUUUAAAAGUGUAAGCUAUUUGUAAAUAUUUUGGAUUAGGCCUAAGUUAAAUAUAACAAUUUUAAAACAAAUUGUAUUAAA